AUGAGCGUACACUCGUCUGCACAAGCGGCGGCGCCAGCUCCAGCGAGUCCGCAAGGACCAGAAUCGGAUAUCAGCGGUAGGGUUACUACAGCCAACGAGCUAACAGUGAAGAAGAAAAAGAAGCUCUUGAAUGACGUCAACAUCAAGUUCAGUUUCCCCAGCGGCGCCACAUACGAAGGGAGUGUCAGGGAUGGAAGAAUCGAGGGAUACGGCGUCUAUACUUAUGCCCAAAUCGGCGAUGUCUACGAGGGCGAGUGGAAAGCAGACCUCAAGCAUGGUCAGGGCUGUUACACCUUCGCAAACGGCGACAAGUACACUGGGCAGUGGUACAUGGGCAAGAAACAAGGAAAGGGACAGUUUGUGUUCGCCAAUGGUAACGAGUAUGUCGGCUCAUGGAAGACGAAUCAAAUGAACGGCUACGGUGUCUUUGUGCUCGCGUCGAACGGUGACCGCUACGAAGGCUAUUGGAGCGAGGGCGUCCGGCAAGGGGAGGGGUGCCUCUACUACGGAAACGGUGACUUGUACGACGGCGAGUGGUGUAGCGGCCAGCAGCAAGGCCUCGGCGUUUUUUUUCAAUCGAACGACGACUUGUACUGUGGUCAGUGGGAUGCCGGAGUCAUGGACGGAAAAGGCGUCUUGCGAGAGAAGGGCAUUCUCUUCCUCGUCGAAUACGUAGGAGGCUACCUCAUUUUAAAGCUAAGGCACAGCAACUCCCUCGACGAGACAGAGAAAGAGUGGGCGCCCGCCUACCAACAUUAUCUUGCCUGGGUUGAGCAUCACCAAGCUCCGACUGAGUCAACGCUAUCGACCAAGGAAGAGAGCAAGCUCAGAGACGAGCUUCAAGCAGUCCUCGCUGAAAACAGCAUUCUUCGCAAGCGGCUUGAAGGCCUACUUGCCCUGCAUCAGCCGAAAGGUCGCUCGGAUAACUCAGGCGGAAAGUCACAGACUACGUUUCUUUUGGCUGCUCUGGAGGAGGCUGGCGCAGAGUACUGGAAGCAGUCACUGCGAAAGCUGGAGGGCAGAGUAAAGCUACUGGAGUGCACGCUUGCCGAACGUGUUGUGGAGGUGCGAAAGCUUAGUGAGCAGCUGAAAAAGAGAGAUGCUAAAGUACACGAGCUAGAACUCGGAAUCGCAGCGCGCAAGGUGUGGCUUUGUGGCACGAAGCAUAACUGUGCGAAGGAAACACCACCAUUCAACGCACAAACGCUAUGUGCGCUCCCAGAACCCCUAGAAAUGGACAUUAUCGACGCCGACGAGGUGAAUCAGCUGAGGGAGCGGAAUGCUGGGCUGGUGAGGCUGAACGAAGAGCUGCAACGGAAGGUGGCCUUUCUCACCGCUGAAAACGCAAAGCUUGCUUUGAAGGAGGAAGCCGCCGAAGAGCAGUAUGACAAACUCACGGAGGAGGUGGAGAAGUUGCGGGUGACUUUGGAAAAUGAGCGCCGCGUCAACAUGAGUAGUGAGCCGCCAAAGGCUGGAGACACGACUGCAACUGCAGCAGUGUCAGUGUCUGCGGCAGUGGGGGUGUCUCCACUGGUGUCGCUACCGUUUUCACCCGAGAAGAGCUUAGCACCUGAAGAGCUUCAGCAGAAGCUCAUACAGGCAAACCGGCUAAACAUCGAGCUGCGGCUUAGAAUGGGUGAACUGGAGCGAACAGCUCAGCCGAAGCGAUGCGUCGCAGCACUAUCCUUAUCCACACAGGAGGCUUCCGGAAUCGAGCGCGAGAAUGAGAUGCUGCGCUCUGUAGUGACGAGUCUCAAAGCAGAAUUAGUGGUGAUGCAGAGCGCUUCGAACGAUGCAGAGCAGCGAAUCGUUCUUGCCCAUCAGCGACAGGUGGAGCUGGAGGAGUCCAUGAAGGUGAUCACACACCGCAAAGCAGCAAAUCCGCAGUUGCAGGAGGCACUGGAGCGGAAGUCUACGCGAAUCGAGAAUCUAGAACUGGAAAACGCGGAGCUCGCUCGACUGCUGGAUGAGACCCGUGCAGACCUGGAGGAGAGGCAGGCAAUAUCUGUGGCAACGAAACGGCAGCCGAGUUUUGAAUCGUCGACCGUCGGCGGCGCACUCAGCGAGCUCGAGUCCGCUCAAAAGGAAGUGAAAAAACUGCAGAGGCGGAUGAAGAAGUUCACAGGCGAGCGAAACAGUGUGACAGAACGGGUCUACGAGUUGCAAGUGCGGUUGGCUCGCACCGAUCGAACCCUCGGUGCACUGCAGGGCCGGGUGAUCGUGAUUGCCUCCAUCGCUGACGGUGGUAUCGGUGGCGCAGCAGUGGCGGAUGCGGCCGCGAGGGUCGAUGCCGCCGAUUGCACGAAGCUGGCGCUGAGCGACUGUGGAGAGGAGACAACCUACCAGUACGACUAUUGCUUUGGUAAAGAUGCCUCUGUGGAGCAAGUCUUCGCUGAGCUUUGCGGCCCUUUGGCUUUUGUGUGGUCGGGCUACCAGUUGGCGCUUAUGACGGUCGGGGAGUUUCGCUCAGGGAAGACAGGCCUCGUGAAAGAGAUACUUCCUCUUUUCACAAAAUACCUGUCAAAGGAAGCUGAAGAGAGCCCACAACGCUUGUUUUUCAGCUUUACGUACCGUGUCGCCGUUGUUGAGAUUGCUGCGCGUGGAGGCUUCGACUGUGCAUCAGGGGACAACGUCACGGAGGUGUGCUGCGAUUCGAGCGGAUUUGUGCAGCCGAAGAACGUGCGCUUCAUCGAGUGCACAAGUGGCAGCAUUUCCAUUGUGGUCGACAACCUUCUUGCCAAACGGCGACAGCACUACAACGGCCGCUCACAUACCUGGAUCCAGCUCCAGUGUGUACGGACAAGCGUUGCGCGCCAGUGCCAGACAGUUGGCAGACUGACCAUUUUCGACUGGUGCGGCAGCGCCUUGCUUGCAUCGCAGAAGAAGGACAUCGAGAGCGCGCGCUUUGCGAACGCGUCUAGCCAGGGUCUGCGAGACCUCAUCACAGCACUCGGUGGCAAACUGUCUGUGAUUCCGUACACAAAAUCUCUAGAGACGUCGCUGCUUUUUGACUUGCUCGGUGGCAACUCGGUAACUGCGGUGAUCGGUCGCAUACGAUCCUCCGCGGAGCACAUCGAGGAGACCCUUCGAACACUUCAUGUUUUGACUUCUCUCGUCGGUGUGCACAACGGACCUCUGGUGCCCGAUAAUCAAACCAGCGAUGAGAUUCGUUGGCAGGGUAUUGUCGCGGCGCUGUGUUCCGACCACAUAGCGGGGAGAGAGCUGAAGGCAGUGGAAAACAUCCGGGAGCUCUAG